AAAGAAUGUGAAACCCCGCCGCCCUGUUUGAGAUUUAGAUAGAAGUCUCACGGUGGCACUCAGCAUACCAAACUCUUUUCACUGGAGCAUGCGUCCACACCACUUCUGAUCGUCAUCACCGCAGACCAGCAAUCAUACCCCUGGAAGAAAAUAAAACGGAAUCACUUUAAUGUGGUUGAUAAGUCUGUGAAAUUGUAUUCGGUUGAACAGCGCACCCAUCAUUAAACACUGAGGGAGAAUGAUGGAGGUGAGGAGGAUCUGUUGUAUUGGGGCUGGCUACGUGGGCGGUCCCACCUGCAGCGUCAUCGCCCAGAUGUGCCCUGAAGUGACGGUUACCGUUGUUGACGUGAACGAGGACCGCAUCCGUGCCUGGAAUUCUGAUAGCCUUCCCAUCUUUGAGCUUGGACUCCAGGAAGUGGUGGACUCAUGCCGCGGGGUCAACCUUUUCUUCUCCACAGACAUUGAUGAGGCCAUAAAAAAUGCAGACCUGGUCUUCAUAUCUGUUAAUACGCCUACCAAGACAUUUGGGAUUGGUAAGGGUCGAGCAGCAGACCUGAAGUACAUAGAAGCAUGUGCCCGGCGCAUUGCCGAUGUCUCCAGUGGCUGUAAGAUUGUUGUGGAGAAAAGCACAGUUCCUGUACGUGCUGCUGAGAGCAUCCGCCGCAUCUUCAAUGCCAACACCAAGAGUAGCCUCAGCUUCCAGGUUCUCUCAAACCCAGAGUUUCUUGCUGAAGGAACAGCCAUCAGUGAUCUGAAGAAUCCAGACAGGGUAUUGAUUGGCGGGGAUGAGACCCCUGAGGGCCAACAUGCUAUUCAGGCCUUGCGGAGCAUCUAUGAACACUGGGUCCCCAAGAACAAGAUCAUCACCACCAAUACCUGGUCCUCUGAGCUUUCCAAGCUGGCAGCCAAUGCCUUUCUUGCCCAACGUAUCAGUAGCAUCAACUCUAUCAGUGCCCUCUGUGAGGUAACCGGUGCUGAUGUGGAGGAGGUGGCACAUGCCAUUGGGACAGACCAGAGAAUAGGCAGCCGCUUCCUGAAGGCCAGCGUAGGAUUUGGUGGCAGCUGUUUCCAGAAAGACGUUCUCAAUCUUGUGUACCUAUGCGAGGCGCUGAAUUUACCCGAGGUUGCAAGAUACUGGCAACAGGUUAUAGAGAUAAACGACUACCAGCGAAAACGAUUCUCCUCACGGAUAAUCAACUGCCUCUUCAACACAGUGACAGACAAGAAGAUAGCCUUGCUCGGAUUUGCAUUCAAGAAAAACACUGGCGAUACAAGGGAAUCCUCUAGUAUCUACAUCAGUCGCUACCUGCUGGAGGAGGGAGCCUGUCUACACAUCUAUGACCCAAAGGUUAAAGCUGAGCAGAUCAUGCAGGACCUGACUAAGCCCACACCCUCAGAAAGACAUGACACUGCCACAGUUUCUCGUCUAGUCACCAUCGUCACAGACCCAUACAAGGCUUGUGAGAAUGCCCAUGCAAUUGUGAUCUGCACAGAGUGGGAUAUGUUCACGGAACUGGACUAUGAGAGGAUCCAUAAAGCCAUGCUGAAACCUGCCUUCAUCUUUGACGGCAGAAGGAUCUUGGACAGCUUGCACGACCAACUCCAGCAUAUUGGCUUCCAGGUGGAGACUAUUGGGAAAAGAGUUAACCAAAGAAUCCCUUUCACUACCAGUGGCGACAGGUCAGACAUGGACCAAGCGCAGCCAUUGAAGAAGAACAAACUGUGAAGUGUUCUUUACAGGACAGCAGCGUCAGAGCCGGCUCAAUGCAGUAGUAAAUGAAACCAAGUUAUAAUUUUGCUGUAAUAUUAAAAUCAGUCAUUUCAGCACCUGCAUCAACUAGAUGGGAUGACUUCAAACAAAUAAUUAUGUUAGCUACAAUGAAAGAGAGGCCUGGAUAAUGUUUUGGUUAGGGUUCAAGAUCUGGUUUGUCGGCUACAUGCGGCAACAAUAUCCCUCCAAACUUAUGCUUAAUUUCUUUGUUUUGUGCAUGUUGGACAACUACCAGGGUUUGGAUGUUUUACUUACACAAGGGGUAAAACAACUUAAACUGAUUUCAUAACUUUCUGUAUUUGCCCUUUUUUCAAGUUUUCUGCCUAAAAGUAUUCCUGUAUGAAAGCAAUUUUUAAAGGACAGAUUCCAUUUUUCUUACUGAAGAUAAUGUAUUUAGUUUUUAUUCAUUUCAAAGCAAUUUUUAUACAAGAUGGUGCUAGUUGAAUGUGAACUUAAGCAGUGUGAACAUGAACCCGAAAAUGCAAUAUUCAAAUUAUAUGUAUUAUCUUUAUGCAUGAACUCUGUAAAGUAAAACAUUUAUCUAUAGUUUUUACAUGCAGAAUAAAAAGCAUUUUUAGUA